UCGGUCGUGCUCCGCAACUCGCGAUUUUCCAGCUUCGAGCAGAUUUUCCACCAGUUUCGAGUUUCCACUGGUGGAGGCGCGUGCUUAAACGGUAAACGGCGAGAAGAAUCGGGCGCAGAAGAGUGGAGUCGGGAAGAGUGAGCACUGAAGACUGACAGCUUCUUCGCGGAGACGUGGAAUUUCCCGUGGCAUUUGCCACCCAAAUGUUAGACGAGUUAAUGAAGUGCAAAAAUGUUUGUAGACUGAGUUGUUGCCGCUGCCAAAUGAACACGAAGGCGCCGUCAACUUUGUGAUUUGCGGUUGCAUUCUGCACAAGAUACAAACUGUGGCUGCAACCUGAAAAGAGCCCAGAAAAAGACAGCCUGUGCUUUUUGACCCUGUCGCUUUCGGCAGCAAAGUGAAAAUUGCUCGGCCGCCGAGGAAAAGCGGAAAAUCUGCGACUUCUUCGGUGUCAAGUGAGAAGACGACCUGGCGAUUCUCCUGCGGAUUAGUGGCACACUUACCCACAACCCACAAGCAGCGCCGCUGAAAACCAUAGCCCUCCCGCGGAGUUUGCAGUUUGGCGACCAGAGCCCAAGCCCCAAACGCAUCGUCAUCGUCACCGUCAUGGAACCCACGCCCACACCCAAUAUGCUGAAGCAGAUCCUGCUGAAGAACCACCAGGACGCUAUUCUGCAGCUCCAGGGCCAUUCUCCGUCGCCUCCCCUGUCCUUCGGCGCCGCAUCGAUGGCGGACAGCAGGGAGCGGAUUCGUGGACCCUCCAGGGAUGGUCGCGAGUUCCUGACCAGUCCGCGUCAGGUUCUUCGCCGGCUGAUGCUCCUCUCGGAGGGCAGGCAGUACAGGGAGGCUGCUGGCGUGGUGGGCAGACUGGGUCCCUCGGUUCUCAGAUCCGUGAUCGCGGAGCUGCCGCUGGACCUGCUGCUGGAGCACCUGCCGCACAGUGCCUACCUUCUGGAGUCCUUCUUUACCAGAUUGACCACCUUGAACACCACUCCCAAGCCAGAGGUGCCCAGUGAGACGGUGGCCUGGCAGCUGGUGCGUCUGUUCGCGAAUCCCCAUGAGUCCGGACUGCGGCAGAGAUGCACUCGACUGCUGCAGGCCUUGGCGCAGUAUGAACCAGGACUCCGGCAGACGCUGAGGGAGAGGAGACGCAGCUUCGAUAACGCUGUACAAGGUCUGGGAGUCCAUGGACUCACCACCGAUGCCUCCGGUCAGCUCAUUUCCCUACAUGUGGCCCUAAAGACCGAGCUGCAGCGCCAUGUGGACACCUACAAGAUGGCCAUCCACAAGCUGGAGGAGCUGAGCAUGGUGACGGUCAACCAGGACCCAGCGCACUCCUCCCACCAGCGAUUGCUGGCCAUCAAUUAUGGAGACAUUCAGCAGCGACUCAUCGACAACAAGACCCUGCUCACAAUGCUGGACAAGCCGGCCUUGAAGCAGCUGCAAACGCUGGUCGAGAAUCUCAGCACGCGGGUGGAGAACGACAAGGAGGUGCUCACCUGUGUGGGUCAGGUGCGUCGCCUGGACGCACAGGCGCUCGUGGAGAAGCGCCCCGCCGCCGGCCUGCUGAUGAACUUCUCCCGCGGCUGCGAGGUGGUGCUCCACAUGAUGGGUCCCGAGGGCGGUACUCCGGGCGCCGCCCACUCCAUUGGCAAGACCACGCCCCCCGGCGGCGCCAGCACGAGCAGCUGCAGCGAUGGGUACCACUCGGACGACUCUGGCAGCGAUGACGGCAGCGAAAUGGUGUCGCUCUAUCGGAAUCUCUACGUCGAGAACCGAGCGGACGCCUUGGAGGCGUUGGACAGUCUUCCCCAGAUAAAGCACGCGCACAGCCUCAAGGGGAAGAUACUCUUCUCCAUGAUCGUGCUCUCCUUCCGCCUGUGCCACGGGAUGCGGGAGCGGAAGGUCCUAGAAGUGCGGCGAGUCCUGAACUGCCCCUUGGACAGCAGCAGUGAGACCACCUUGGCCCUGGACAGAUCCGUUCGCCAGCACCUCUUCGAGACCGCCGAGAGUUUCCCGCUGGGCGAGAUCGAGCGGUCGGUGUUCAACCAGGUGCUCUCCACGCUGCACGAGUACCCCUGCCUGGAGUCCUGCCCCCCGCUGACGCACUACGUCAGUGCGUGUGUUCGCCUGGCCUGGCGGAUGAUCAACCAGAAGGCGCCCUACUACCUGGACAUGGACUUCAACCUGGGCUUCCUGAGGCCCGAGAAACACGAGCGGCAUCCCCAGGCGGACCGGCGAUCGGAUCUGAUUAAGGCCUUCCUCUGGCCCGCCCUGAUGCAGAACAACCAGUGCGCCUUCAAGGCGGUGGUGGCCACCUGA